GCUUCAGUCUGCUGGCCUCCGGAAUGGGCAGAUAUCACCAGCCCACAUUUAACCAUUGAUUUAUUGCGCGAACUCCACCGAGAGUCUGUAUUUUUGCACGUCGUCUACACGAUGCUAUGCGGAGGUAAGGUGAUGGAAGAGGCCAGCGGGAGAGUUUCAGAGCUGAUUCCAGUGGUGCUAUUUCCGCGGCUGCCAGGCUUUGUCCCAUCCUCUGUUCAGUAACAGCGCCCAUUCUCAUCCCGAAUCACCAUGAAACCAGUCCACGAGCGCAACCAGGAGUGCCUCCCUCCCAAGAAGCGGGACCUCCCUGUUAACAACAACAACACCUCUACCUACAACAAUAACAGCAGUAGCAUCAGCGGCAGCAUCGGGAGUGCAGGAGGAGGAGGUGAGGAUGCCCCAUCUUCACAAAGCUCUGGAGUGAGUGGAGAAGGUAGUGGCGAAUGGGUGCGAGCCCAGCCGAGCGUGCAUUAUGGGGUGGAGGGUGCCGAGGGUCUCGUUGGGCUUCCUGUGGAUCAGUAUAGCAUGCUUUAUAAAGUAGCUCUGCCCGCUGGCACCUACUCACCCACCAGUCUGCACCCCAUUCUUAGCCACAUUUCUCCUGCCUACACCGUUCCCGCCCAGGUGUUACAGCACACGAGCGUUCCCUACCCUCCGCUCUGCUACGCCCAGAUCCCUCACUCCUCGUUGCAGUUUGUUAGCUCUCCCUACGGGGCUGCGGUUCCCUACGCCGUGCCUCCGGGAUUCGUUCCCGGCCCUUUGAUACCACCUCAGUCCUCUAUUUCCCAGCCGCACUCCGUUUCCCACCUGGUUCCGUAUCCAUCAGUCAUUCAGGAAGGAGUUGGCUCUCCGCAGCAGCAGAUCUCGACCCAUGCAUACACCAAAAUGGGAGUUCCUCUGGUGCUCCCUUCUGAGCAAACGGCGACACAAGCGCCGCUCGGGACUGUAGGGAUGCUGCCUGCCGGGGAGCUCAGCCCGAGAGCUGUGUACUAUCACCCCACCGUUAGGGGCGUCCAACCGCAAAGAGACCUGCACAGCAGCUCCAUGGAGCAGGAGAGAGAGGUGAAUGGAGGGGACAGAGAGCACGGAGGCAGGGAGAGCCAUCAAGAUGCAGUUUAUUCGGCCAGAAGCGCACAGCUGCUUCAGGCCACUGCGCCUGAGCCCCAGCAAGACAAGAGCUUGAAAAGCCGCAGGCUGGAGGGCAGAAUGUCGCCAGGACAAAGCAGCACACCGGACAUUGAUCUCGAGGUCCAGCAGGUGGUCGGACGAUUUGCCUCUCCUGUCCAUGGCACGAGUCACAAGGAAGCAGCGCAUGUCCCUCUGAACCUGUCUCAAAGCUCUCAGAGGGGUCGAGAGACUCAGGGCGAAGUCAGAACACCUUAUGCAUCAAAUCCAGCUGAAUCUAGAGCACAUCAGCAGCAGAUUGUUCAACAAAGCCAUGCCGUUAUCCUGGCCAAUGGGCAGCCUGUUCUUGUGCCUCUCGACUACCAUCACCACCAACAGCAGCAGCAGCAUUUCCAACCCAACGAUGUGGCCUCGGCAGCAAUCGCUGCUUCUCCUGCUGCAUAUACUAAAGCCAUGGAUGCAGGAGCAUGUCUCCCAGAGCGGGCGGUGGUGGAGCUGCCUCCCCAACAGGGGCAACAGCCCUCCCAGCAGCCUCCUGGUACUUUCCCACAGGCUCCUCUGCUGUCACCCUCCGGCCCGUCGCACUUCAUGAAGGGCGCCAUCAUCCAGUUGGCUACUGGAGAGCUCAAGCGCGUAGAAGAUCUGCAGACUCAGGACUUCGUGCGGAGCGCAGAAGUGAGCGGCGGGCUGAAGAUCGACUCAAGCAUGGUAGUGGACAUCCACGCUAGUCAACAGCGGCCCGGUCUAGUGGCGCUGCAUUUCAACGUGGGGGAGCAGCAGAGCAAAGUGACUAUAGAUGUUCCCCCCGAACACCCGUUUUUCGUUUUUGGCCAGGGCUGGUCGUCUUGUAGCCCUGAGCGGACUGCCCAACUGUACGGUCUCACCUGCCAACAUCUGCAAGUGGGCGAUGUCUGCGUGUCCGUGACACUGCAGCAGCAAGCUGCAUCGCAGCAGAAACCGCCCCAGCAAGUUCAGGCCCGGACUCCCACCAAAGUCAACUCCACGUCAGGAGCCCCACCUCAGCCCAUGGGCCCCCCUGCGCCCCAGCACACCCCUCGGCCACAAAGCCAAUUAAAAAUGGAGCGCAUCCACCGAGAGAGGGACCGGGACAAGGAGGAGCCCAUGCAGGUAUUGGGUUCGAGACAUGUCGACGUGCCCCCAAGACCGAACAGGACUUCAGCAGAGCACACUCGGAGCCAGAGCAACUACUAUUUGCACACUGAAGGUCAUGCUCCACUGGGAACCGGAGCGGGAGCCUCUUCCGUAGGGGCGUCCCUGAGGCGCUGGUCUGCCUCUGGCUUCCAAAGAUACAGCAUCAAGAACGAGGAUGGAGGGAGUUUAGCAUCAGCUGCCACCUCUGGCUCCUCUCGGCUGUCGUUUAUCCCUCAGGAGGUCAAGCUUUCCAUUGAGGGGCGCUCAAAUGCCGGGAAGUAGCAGACAAAAGAGAUUGUCCAUGGGAGCGAAGUGUCAGUCGGGCGAACGGAUGCGAAAGAGGGAGAGUGGUCGGAGGGAGAGAGAAUGUAGCCUCAGAAUGUUUGAGAUUUUGCACAUAUUGGAAGAUUCCCCCUGCCGCCCCCUUCUUCGGUUCUGGUCUCGAGCAGAGGACUUUUGUGUCAGGUCAUAGUCAGCGUUCGCAAUGAUCUGCAUGGGCAGCUUUAUCUGGUUAAUCACAUACCAAAGCCUGCGUCGUCUGCGUGUUCCUGUGGGUGAACUAUCAUGUUUGGCAGUGAUCACUUGCGCAAAGAUAUCUUGCAGUUCCUCGAGUAGAUGUUUAUUUCAGAAAGGCCAGGGAUAAGAAUGGGAUACAGCCAUAGAGUCUUGACAAACCUUUACAAUAAGAAUAAACAUAUAUUUUAAAGAAGGACAAAAGAGGAUAGAUUGCUCAACUAAUUUUUUCCCCUAAAAGACAGGCCUCUUUCUCUCUAAACAUUGACUGUUUCCCUUGUUGCGCCGCCAGGCUUUUGUUGGCUAAGACCUUAAAACUUGGACAGUUUUUAAUGCGUGUCUCUCUAGAGGUGUGCUUGUCCUCACUUUCCUACACUCUCCUCCUCUCCCUGCCUCUUCUCAGGGUGCUUCUGCUGAGGAAUCCUUUCUAGUCUGGAGUUUGAGAACAGUUGCCCAGCGCCGUCACAUCAAUCAAUUGAUCCAACAAUCUUUCUGCAAUCAGGAACUAUUUCCAGAUGAAGUCUAGCACGCAUCUUAACAGUUGCAUUAACAACUCCUCAGAGGUUUUUAGUUUUGAUUCAGCAGUGGUUCUGAAUCUGCAUUCCAGUUUCAAUGUGAUCUCUCCUCCUCGACCCAUUGGAGUUAUCAUUUCCCAGUAAGGCCGGCCUAGGAAAACCACCUCUAAAUAGUACCUCAUGGUUGGAAGCAUCCUUCAGUCUGAUUAUUAACUAUUUAUAUUUAAUCUUACAUUGUUGUGCCCUUUUCCUGGAGACAACAUGUGGUGUCAGCCAAAAUCAGCCCUGCUUGCGAAGCUGAGACCAAAUGCAGAACAGGUUCUAGCUGUUUGCGAACGGCCUGUUCCUGUGGAAACGGAUUAUUGCUCUGAAGCAUGCAGGCUUAAAUGAAGUCGUCCCGUGGAAGCGUUUAGCACACACAAGUGUAGAGUCACUGCUGUUGGGUGUGAACUGACCCUGCUCAGUUAUCAAAAUCAAAGCAAUAGUUGUCAGAACACAUUUUUCUUGUUUGUUUUUUUUAAUCCCGUACAAGACAGAUUACUCCUUGUAUUUCAAUUUUUCUAUGUGCAACAGUUGCAGUCUGUAUGUAGAAACGUUUUUUAACCUUAUCCUACGCUUCUCUUGAUUUUCUAAGAUGAUGCCGUUUUACUUUGUGAUAAUCCUCAUUCUAACAGUUACUACAGGAGUUAAUUUAAAGCAUGCAAUUACCCUUAAAACAACACCUCUUUCAUUUAGGUAGGUUUUCUUUCUGACUUCAGUGAUGACUAAUAUGAAGGCACACCUCGAAAUGGGGCUUUUCUAAAACACCCACUGAUUAGGAUGUUUAGAAUCAGCUCUUGUACUUUAUAGAGAGAUCUUAGCCCCUUACAUUGUGUCCUAACCAGGUAUAACACAAUAAGACAAGCGAUAAAAGUCAUGCUUGAGUUGCAAUGUGUCGCGUCUGCAAAAAGCACUAAGCAACAGGACGCUUAGUCUUUCACAUUUGUUGGUUUUUAUUUUUGUAGUAUUGUGCUCGGUAGCUCCACCCACUGUUAAAACCUCAAUGGUCCAAAUUCGUUCCAUAGGUUUUGACAGGCUGUGAUUUUGUCGCAGGCAUGUUUGGAUGGACAAAUUCACUGGAAACUUGUCACAUCAUACCUGGUUAGGACCAGUGUUGAACUGAAAACUUUGAAAACUGAAACGAAACAGCUCUUCUCUGGAAAGAGCCUCAUUAAUAUACACUUUCUAAUCUGUGCUGAGGUUUCUUCUUUGGUUUUUGUAAUUGGUGAACUCUUGUACAGUAUUGCGUUCUGUCUCUCUUCUUGGCAAUAUUACCCACGAGUGAUUUUUAAAACUUGUACUGCAGGUCUUGUAUUGCACAAAUAAGUUCAAUUGAUUCACGCUGACUCUUUAAUGGGAAUCAGAUAUGUGUUUUAUUGUUUUUUUUAUUUUAAUAAUGAAGGGAAAAUGUUUGUGUUGUUUUGAAGUAUUCAGUUUUGUUGGUGGUUUUUGGCUCAUGAGAAACUGACAAGCAAGGUUGACACUGUUUACAGAUUAGCCAAGAGAAAAUGCUGCAGUUUCACUUUUCAUAGUUACUGAACAUUUUCAGAUGGAUGAAAUCAUGACUUAAGUGCAAUUAGACCAAAUAUUAUAAACAUUAGGAAGCUCAUGUUUUAUUUCAAAACAGCAUUCCAGAAAGAACCUGACAUUCCCACUUUCUUUCUUUUUUUUUUUUUUAUAGUUUCUCUAUUUCCCUCUCAAUAUUUUGAUGCCACUUACAUAUUUGUCGGAUGCAUAUUUUUAUUUCCAUUUCGACCCAAGUUCUUUCAUGAGACCUUUGAUAUUUCUCUGCGUUGUUGGCUCUUGGCAUUGCUGGGCUGUCUGUGUUUGGACCAGGAUUUAAUAGAACUCUUUUGGCCUCUUACAAUCACUCAAGGCUUUAAGAGAAGAUUUUUUUUGUUCUUUUAGGUAAAUAAUAUAUUUUUUUAUAUAAAUGUAGCGCUAGCAUUGAACCAGUUAGAUUUCGACUUCCUCCAAACUGCAUCGACCUCAACGAUACCACAUGUCUGUGAAGUUCUUAGACCUCUAAUGUUAAAGAAAAGAAGUUCGGAAGGGGUAUAAACAAGGGUCGUCACUUGAAUUCACAGGACUUGUGACAAAUUAUGAGGGUGCUUCCCCGUUGAUGACGACCCUGGUAUAAACCCACCUGGUUUUUCAGCAUUACCAACAAGUCUGAUUUAAACUAAAUGAAUAUGUGGCAAUGUGUGUAUCGAGUAUAACAGUAUUUGGUUUUGAUCACCUUAAAUUGGUUCAAAUCCAUUUGUUGUUUCCAUUUAUGAAGCAUUUCACAAGCAUCAUCUGUUAGUAUUUUGUUUGAAGACAUCCUGUUCCUUCUUAAAAGGAGUCCCACUUUCAUGCUAUUUAUAAUCUGGUCUCAAAUCUAGUUUGUUAUUUCUUCCUUCCUCUGUCCCCUUUGUCCCAGAACGUUAUGGUGGCACUUUGGACCCCUUUAAGUUCACAGAGGACGUUUUGUUGUAGUUCACAUUCAACCUGGCGUGAACUGUCUAAAAUGGCCACAAUUGUCACCUAAAGCCUUGUAGACAAAUUGAAUAUCUUUCCAACCAGGAAAAACUGCUUAAACUGGCCUGAUCUGGUCUUCUGGGCUCAAGCCAGUUGGUCUGCCAACUUGAGAGGCCAGCUUCAGCUGGCUUAAGUUAUUACAUUGUUCCUUCACAGACAGGGAAAAUGAUUUGUAUAAAGGCUUUGUUAUUCAAAAUUCAGACCUGCUCCAUUAUUUUAAGUAUUAGAAUUGAAUUGAAGCAAUACUUGACCCGAAAUAGCAGAACGAUACAGCUUUAGAAUGAGCUAUGCAGUAGAGACUCAGUCAGCACCCUAAUGCAGUUUCAAUACUCGGAUCUCACCAGAAGUCAGCUGCAC